GCCUGUGUGUCGGCGCGGCUGAACACGUACAGUACGCUUGAUACAGUGAGCAGAUCCUCAGUGCGGGCUGCCUGUGCGGACUGCGUGAUAGCAGGCAUGGACCUAUUCGAGUUUGACUUCUUUAGGGACUGGGACCUGGAGCAACAAUGCCAUUAUGAGCCUGACCGCAAUGCACUGAAGAAAAAGGAAUGGGAACGGCGGACUCAGGAAGUUCAGCAAGAUGAAGAUCUCUUCUCCUCUGGGUUUAAUCUUUUUGGCGAGCCAUACAAGACCAACAAAGGCGAUGCCCUGGCCAACCGUGUCCAGAAUACUCUAGGGAACUAUGAUGAAAUGAAGGAUUUUCUUAGUAACCACUCCAGUCAGAGCCACUUGGUAGGAAUACCCAAAAACUCUGUCCCACAGACGCCUGUGGAUAAGGCCGAACAGCAGAGCUUCUUUCCUGACGGGCCAAGAAAUAGACUGGCACCUUCUCACCAGGGUGUUGGCCAUGUUAGCAGUGCCACCUCCAUGCCUCCACCAUCAGCUGUAACUCUUACAGGCUCUGCAGUACUGCAUGGACACCAAAGCAACAAGAAAUCUCGCUCAGCUGAAUGGUCCCGUGGUAGUCACAGCUCCUCUACUGGACAGUCCAGUCAGACUGCAGGUCAGCAGUGCAGCAGGGCUAAGCACACUAAUUCUGCACAUGAGGCACCUCAGAGUAGGUAUGAUGAAUUAUUUACUAGUCAAGCUGACCUUCACAAGGGAGACUCAAGUCCUGCAUCUACAUCGUCCCGGUCAAGGAGACAUGGCCACUCUUCAAAAUCUGCUGCUGGGGACAUUACCUACAAGGAAAGCAACCACUCCAAGUCUCCCACAGAAACAGACUUCAGCAGUCAUGGCUCAAGCUCACCAGUCCCAUCUACUUCUCUCAUAUGCGGUAGCCUGUCUGCUCCCAAUUUUCCCCCAGGACUGCACUCCAAACCUAGCACAGUGCAACAAAAGCCAACAGCCUAUGUCCGACCAAUGGAUGGACAGGAUCAAGUUCCUAAUGACUCUCCAGAGCUCAAAGCACCUGUGGAAAUUGGGGACACCUGUAGCAAUCCAAAUUUUGGAGGCUUACUAGAGGGAAAACCCAGCACAGCCAAUACCAAGAGCAAGUUGCCAAAACUGACCUUACCCCAGUCAGGAGAAGUCAGUCUGUCGAGUGACUCCAGCUGUGUGGAAGAAAUUCUGAGGGAGAUGACCCACUCAUGGCCUCCACCACUGACAGCUAUUCACACCCCAGGCAAAGCUGAACAGAGCAAAUUCCCCCUUCCAUCCAAGGAAUCCCAAAACCUAACAUCGGGAUACAGCGGACAAAAACGGUGCGAUGUUUCCAACAACAAGCCAGCCACCAAGCCUGUGCCCCAAAAAUCGAUGUUGGAAGAUGACCUAAAGUUGAGCAGCGAUGAAGAGGAGGGUGAACAGGGUGAGGAGAAGACAAAAUCAAGAAGUGCUACUGUACCCAUUACAGGUCCACAGACAAGGAGAGCUGAAUCUGGCCCUUCCAGCGGAGCUUCAGGGAGUUCCAGUGAAUCAGAAAGCAGCUCAGAGUCAGACUCGGACAGCGAGAGCAGUUCCAGUGACAGCGAGUGCAAUGAGGGUUCACGCAGCGCCACUCCCGAGCCAGAACCUACUUCCACAAAUAAAUGGCAGCUUGACAAAUGGCUAAACAAAGUAAAUCCCCACAAUAAGACUCUAAUCAGCAGCCAGACCGAUGGUCAUAGUCUCAGUGGAACACAAGAGGACACUCAGCAAACUGAAAAUCAGGGACAAAGCAAAGGGAAGCCCAACCUUGUUUUGUCACAGCCAGAGAGCAAGGAGAGGGCCCUUCUGAGUCCCAUCAGGGAGAAAGCCAAACCCAGAGCAGGUCAGAAGACUCCAGAGGGAAAAAUUGCAAAACUGAAAUCUCCAGUUCAAGUGGAAUUGGCACCACCGCGACGGUCAACUGGCAAAAAACAGCCCAAGAAGGUGGAGAGGGCUGCUAGCGUGGAGGAGUACAACUGGCCCAAACCAAAUAACCCUAGCUCCACUCCAAAGGAGAAGGAAACACCACCUGAACCUCCUAAGGCAAGGACCAAAGGUGGCAGUGGCAAAACUGCUCCAAGGAAAGAGCCCAGAUCAAAUGCAGCAGGACCACCGCUGGAUAAGAAGAAGCACAGAGGUGCAAGCAAAAUAGUCCCAAAGUCAAAAGAGUUUAUUGAGACAGAAUCCUCAUCUUCAGAGUGCCAUUCUGAUCAAGAAGAUCUAGUUAAAGUUGGUGUUUCCUGCCCAGGCACUGUCAGUAGCACUUUGCUUAAAACAAAAGACUGUAACAGCAACAGUUUGAUCUUGAACAGCCUUAACAGUGCCUGUAGAACAUCAGUUGAUCCCAUUAACAGUGACUUGUUGGAGGAUCACCUUUUCUCUCCAAUACCUAUUGUCCAAAAUGAACUAUUGUCUCCUUUACGGGAAUAUGAAGAGAUCAAAUCUUUAUGGGUGAAAAUUGAACUUAGCUUCCUGUCCAGAAUUCCAGGACAAGAUCUUCCUGAACCAACGCCUAUAAAGAUUGAGUCUCAGGAUUGCAGCACUAAGCACAGGAGGCAGUCCCCGGUUUCAACAGUCACAGAAAGAUCCUCCAGCAAAUCCAAAAGAAAACACAAGUGUGAAAUUUCAGAUCCACUGUCAGGCAAUAAGAAGCUACGAUUAGAAAAGGAGAAUACUUUGCUCCCGCCUUGCAUAUCACCAAUUCACAGCCACAAACCCUGCAGCACAAAAGACUCACAGAAGAAGCAGCCAAGAAAGAGGGAGGAGAAGUUACUUCCACCUCCGCUGUCACCACUGGCAGAUGAACCCAUUCAUCGAAGGAGGGAUAGCGAGAGCAAUUCAUUUACCCAGGAAGCGAAUGCUUCUAGCUGCAAUCAGCAGACAAACAGCACCUUCUCCAACACAAUCCCUUCAUCAGCGUCGUCUUCUUUGCACAAGCACCGCAAGGGUGACAGCAAGUCUGUGACACAUGCAAAGCUGGGCAGUGAAGAAGAAUCUCUUUGCCAGUCUUCAAGCAGCAUGCAUGGCAACAACCCAUCUGACUCUGAUGUUUGGCCAACCCUUUCAUCAGCAUCAGUUGACCUCUCUGCACCGCGGAGGCCAAAGAUGACAUUUGAUGAAACACUUCACAGUGCGGACUACUAUAUGCAAGAAGCCAAGGCAUUAAAGCACAAGGCUGAUGCACUGCUUGAGAAAUUUGGCAAAGCUGUUAAUUAUACAGAUGGUGCACUCUCAUUCAUCGAAUGUGGGAAUGCAAUGGAAAGAGAUCCACUGGAGGCCAAGUCUCCUUUCACAAUGUAUUCGGAAACUGUGGAACUCAUCAGGUAUGCUUUAAGAUUAAAGAAUUUCACAGGACAGUCCGCAACCGUGGCUGAAAGAAAACUUGCAGCUUUAUGUUAUCGUUGUUUAUCUCUACUUUACUUGAGAAUGUUUAAACUCAAAAAGGACCACGCAAUGAAGUAUUCUCGCACCCUCAUGGAAUACUUUAAGAACUCAGCGAAAAGUUCCCAGGCUCCUUCUCCAUGGGGGGCAAAUGGCAAAAGCACAGGUACCCCGUCACCUAUGUCCCUUAGUCCAUCUCCAGUAAGUUCGGUGGGCAGUGCCACAGCUGGAAGCUCAUCGUCUUCUUCCUCAUGCUCAGGCAGCAUUGCCAUUCCCCAGCGGAUCCAUCAUAUGGCAGCUAGUCAUGUCAAUAUUACCAACAACAUUCUGCGAAGUUAUGAGCAUUGGGACACAGCGGAUAAACUCUGCCGAGAAAGUCAAGAAUUCUUUCGGGAGCUGGAUUCUGUUCUUGAACCAUUGACACUACACAGCAGCAUGACAAGCUUGGUCCAUUACGUACGGCAAGGACUUCAUUGGCUCCGGAUAGAGGCUCACUUGUUAUAGUGAUUGGACUACUACACCUUAACUUAUACAGUGCAUCUUCAUCACUACCUCUGCCAGCAUACCAGUUGUCACUUCAAUGUGGCCAUUACAUCAUCUGGAGUGUCUGGCUGUCCACUACACAUGCUCUUCCUCCCCACCACACCACCACAUCAUUUCUUACCUACAGCACCCUGGCUAUUUGCUUAUUGGACAUUAGCAGUGUCAGAGGACACUGUCUGCCAUUAUCCGUCUGAAGGUAAAUUCUCUUGUCUCUCUCUGAUUUACUCUUUCUUCCCAAUUUACAAAUGAAGUAAAUGCCCUGAAGCAAUCUCUAGCCAUUUCUUAAAACUGUUAUAUGAAAUAUAUUAAUAACUAACAGUAAUUCAAGCGCACUUUGAAAAAAGUGCACAGUGUAUUGGGAUUAAAAUAUUAGACAAACCGCUUUUAAACCUAUUCUCAACAGUUUUUCUUUAUAGCAGAAUUCACUGCAAUGAAUGUUAAAUCCUGAAAAGCUUUCUCCUUCAGUUUGUAAGUGUUGACUUUGAGUAACCUGAUUGACUCGUACGCUACAAUAAGAGGGGUCAUAAUUGUCUAACUCAUAGUUAAAGCAAAAUAACAAUGACUUUCAAGUCAAAGCUAAAUAAAGUUUAGCAGCUAUUUACAUGUAUACAUCACAACCAUAUGGAUUGUUGCCUACUCUGAACAGGAUUUUUGAUUCUCAUCACUCUUACUGGCUUAUGAGUUCAUUGGCUCACUCAGUGUCAACACUACCGCAACUGUUGUAUCAGAUAAGAUUUGUUUUUCCCUAAAUAUCCCAACUCGGUUUCUUUGCAUUACCAUUCCCUUUACCUUAAAGAGUUUAAUGGUGGGGAAGUAUCCUGUUUCAGCUAGCACAAUUCCAGGGACCAAUUCUGGUUUAUUCUAUAAAACAAAGAAACUUGAAUCAGUUAACAGGCAAAGAGAGAAAGACUAGAGCAAAAACUAACAAAUCAAUAUCCAUCAGGGUUUUUUCUUAUUAAAUAAAAAAAUGACAAAUUCAAUGAUGAAUUAAAAUUGUGGAGAACCAAGGCACACCUGAUAUUUAUCAAGCUUCUGCCUGGGCCUUCUCUAGCAUACAGACGGACGUUACGGCCUUUCGUGGUUUGGGGGGUGCCAUCCACCUUGUCAAACCUGAGCAUGUGAAAGUGGCAAAACAUUUUUUUAUUAUUGUUUUAUUUUGCAUGUAAUCAAAACGUUGCUUCUGUAAAAAAGAAAAAAAAACAAUGCUUUACAAACUUGUAAAAUAGAACUGUUCUUUUUAACUGUGCAAAUCCCUUUUUUAUUCAAUUUUUCAGAUACUGGAUGCAUUGGUGCAUUCAUUUUUUAUGCAUUCCUCCCGGCAGUAGAAGAAAAACUUAGAGCAGAUUUUCAUGUGUUUUCAAUCUUUAUACGAUGUUAAAAAAAAAAAGGUCCACGAUAUUCAAGUAAACCUUUUGUUUUUCUUUAUGCAAAUAGUAAAUCUCAAUGUGAGAAACAUAUAUACACAAAGAAGGUACCUUAUGCCUGAGAUAAGUGUGAUAUCCAGCUGACAGCUGGUUGGCAUUCUGUUUAAUCCUUGUAGAUUUUCAAAUCAUGAACUGUGUUUACACAUGUAAUUCCUUGCAAAUCAGCAGUAGAAAUGAACAGGAAAGAAUCUCUUCAAUAUCUUUUUGUAUGUAGGCAGAUUUGGCAUCUGAUUUGGACAAGUUUCACGUUCUAUUUAUUUAUUUAUUUGUUUUAUUUUAUUGUUAUCCACAAUUCUGUGAUGACAGUCCCUAAAUGUAUAUAGUAACAGAUUGCAAGUGAGUGUCAGUAUAUUUCUGUAUGGCUGUGCCUUGUUCAGGGUAUCUGCGGACUGCCUGAUGACAAAGGAGCAAAUAUGGAGUCGUAACCCCUUAACAGAGAUGCCCAGUCAACUCCAUAGGGAAACAGCAGCAUGUUCACCUGUGUGCAUUCCAUACUUUGAAACGAUAGUAGUAGUAGUAUUUGUGUAAAUAUUAUUUGCACAUAAGCAAAAACAUUGCUUCCUUCUAAGAAUGACUUCCUGUGCAAUUACUACAAUAAGAAAAAAAAGACACUUUGGAAAGAAUGCUUACAGAGGAUGCCUUAUCGCUGUUCUAAUAGAUGGCUUCUGGGCGGGUAUUCUGUCCUGUGCUCUGCAGAUGCUGCCUAACCUUCUUAGUAGGCGGCGGUGCCAUUGCUGAAUGUGAGUUGCAACUGAAGCUAUGAGGCUUGUGCGGUGCAAUGAUAAUUAGCUUUAGCCAUACUCUAAGUGCAAUAUGGCUUCUGAAAAUACUGAGCCACGUUAGGGUAGGCUAGGGUUACAUUUUCCAUGCCUUAAUUGUUGCUACAUUCAAUGAAUAUUCCCUUUAUUUUAGCUCUUGUUCUUGUUAUUUAUUUUUUUGUUAUUGUAUUAUGGGUUUCAUGUCUUUGUUGCAUAUUUUCAAUCUUUACAGAUUUAUAUAGAUAACAGGGUUGUAUUAUCUUUUUUAAUUUAAAGCGGUAUGAUAGCCACUUCACACUCGCGCCACCCAGUCUCUGCACAUGACAAGGAUUUGGCCGUUGUAGACUACUUUUUUGUGUAGUCUUGCUGGUAGUGUCAGUUUCAUACUGACCAAUCAUUCUAAAUUUAAAGUAAAGAAUUAUUUUUGACAUAUUGGAGACUGCAAUCCCACCCGAUCUAAUUACUGAAUUUCUAGACUUCUGAUGCCUCUUCUUAAAUUCUGUCUUGCCAGUUGUUGGUUUUACUGUUGGAAUUGCAGUUUUCCUUUGCAGCUAUUUGUGUUUAUAUUUUUUUUUUACACUCCAGCCUACUAAGAGCAGACAUUUCACGACCCUGCUCUUCAAAUUAGCAAAGAUCCAUGGAAAAGAAUAAACAGCAAGCAGCAAUGCAAUUGUGUUUGUAAAGUCAAUAUGCAUACAGUUUCUUUUAAUUCUCGGUGCAUUAAAAAAAUGAAAUGUACAAAGAAAUGUACUUAAUAAACUUGGAGAAGUUUACAGUUCAUAGAAAGAAAAAUUAUAUUUGAUAGUAAUUAGGAGUAUCACUUUGGUAUUAUUCUCAAACUUUAUUACACAAGACAGCAUUAUAGAUAUAUAGUCUGAUUCAUUUCAGGAGAAGUAAAGAUGCAUUCGUCAAAAACAUUCUUAUUUGUAAAUAAUUUUUAUUGAAGAUUCAUUUAUUGUAAAAUGACACCAUUUUUAUUCUGUAAUUCAGAAUUUGAAGGAUAAUCUUUUAAAAAAUGUUUAGAUGCAUAAGUGUAUGAGUUAAUUAAGCACAAAGAAAGACAAGCAGUAUUAGGAUGGCGAAUUGACCACAUCUCAGGUCACACAUUUAUACAGAAUAAUCAGAUAACCUUUAUAGAAAAGAGAAUUAAGUAUUUUCUUUGCCAGAUGAAGCCUUGCAUCCACGAGAAAGAGAAUCAAGAUCAUACUGUGUAGGCCAUCUUAGAGGUGCGGAGGCAUUGGGUAAGCCAAUGAUUCUCAAGUUCUGUCUCUAUGGCUGCAGGUUUUAUGCAAACCAACCUUGCCUUUAAUUAGGCAAGCAAUUCAGAACAAGCAUUUACCUACAGUAUGUUACCUAGAGAUAAUUCAGUAUUUUUAUCUUGCUUUUUAUCAUCACCUUGAUCAUUAUUUUCAUUCUUUUUUUCCAGGAGUUGUUGUUAUUUAACACGUUGUGUACGAAUGAGCACACACUAGUGGGUAUGACACUAAAGGAAAAAAAAGUGAAUUAAUAGGAAAACAACAAAAGAGAAUAAAGCACUUAAAGCCAUUGGAAAAACACAAACAUAUCAAAAUUGGUUGUAGACUAUUACAUUUUUCUGAAUGCAAAAUAAGCGAAACAAAAGACCAGCUAAUUAAAUGAUGAGAUGAAUUGGAAGUAAAAUGACCUGCCGCGGGGACACCUCAGGGCUGAACAUGAGGACCACUACUAUUAGCUGAUUGACCAAAUCUGUUGCGCCAGAAAUCUCAAAAGUCCAUGACAUGUAGACAAAGCGAACUCGUCACCAGGGCAUGCAAACCAUUAGCAUGAGGCUGUACCGUUCAAGGGAUUACUUUACACUCAGUAAAGCUCCACCUACAUAAUAAAACUUUAGGAACUAUUUUUCUACCUGAAAAUCAAAGAUGUCAUUAACAACACUGCAACCUAAGCUUUUUCUAAUGAAAUAAUAGUUUUGUACUUUACUUUUACUUGUUAUACAGUUAUGAAACUAUGUUUGAGUGCAGCUCCUUUUUCCAGAUUUUUGCUUAGUUAUGCAAAUUUUGCCCCCCUCCCCACACAUUGCUACCAACUGUCUGCAGUUAUCAGGAACAGUUUGUAAAUUUUCAAGUGGUUUUUGCACAGCUGCUGAACGCUCACGCAAAGAGGACUCAUUCUGUUAGGGAAAUCUGUGCUUCAUUGGCAAACGGAUCUCUGCUGCACAGAGCAUUGGCACUUUCAGUCAGAGCGAGCCCAGUGUAAAACAAAGUAGGUUUAACAUUGCCAGGCAUGGGUUUGGCAAAGGCAGCACAGCAUUCUUGCCUUGCACGUUUGUCACUGUAAGGUGGAUCUGUUCAGUUUCAUCUAGGAAUAUUUAACUUUGCCUAAUGAGGGUCUCAAGAAACAGUAAAGCUAUUUAAUGGCCUUAUGUAUCCAAUAAAAAAGAAACAGCUGGAAUUUGAAUAUGCCUGGAAUGACAAACAGUUGCUAAAGAAGAGAGAUCUUCAACGAUCUUUCAUUCUUGGCAGCACGGCAUGUCUUUGUGCGUCAGUCCUCAAUGCUGUGAUUCUUCAGGCACAAGUGAACUUGCAGCUGGAGGAAUAGAGUGAAGAAAAAAGAGGAAAAACUGUACUUCACAAAAUUUAGUGUCAAAUAAUAGUGAAGUAAUGGGAAAGUAGUGCCACUCUACAAUAAGUGUCCAUAUUUUAUUAUUAAGUGUGAAACUGUAAGAUAUUCUGCAAUUUUUAGCUAAAAAAUAUAAAUGAAGGCCCUUUUGUUAUUUAUGUUGUUCCAGUGUUAAUGAAUGUUAAAUACUGUAAUUAAAGACUAAUAUUAUUCCACUAUUUAUGACAAUCAUUUAAAACUAUAGGUGACUUACAAAGUUCAAAGUUACAAAGUUUUCAAAUACAGUUUCUCCACAAUUAAAGCACCAACAGCUUAGCUGUGCAGUAAGUCUGAGGUAAGAAGUGAGGAUUACAGUUCAACACUUCUUCUGAAGCCACCAAAAAUAAUGUGUAAUAUUCUUAAAAUGACUAUCAAUAUGCACAGCUAUGGCUUUCCUUUAUGUUUAUCUUUAUACAUCCUUAUUUAGUCUGCAAUCUUUAGGUUUACCCCUUAGGCACAUAAAUGAUUAUAUACUAGUGAUUAUGUAUAGGGUACCAUGAAUAUCGGUAUGGAUGCUGAAUCUUCUUGCAAAUGUAAAAAUUAAGACAUCCAGAACAUUUAAGAUAGACUUUUGCAUGGGAAGAUUGCCAUCUACUCUUACUGUCUCUAAUCAGAUGAGCUCUGCAAAACCUAAAGGGGAACACGAUACCUUACCGCACAGCACUACUCAAGCUCCAUCCAUAUUUCAUAUUACAUUGAAGGAAAGCUGCUUAUUAAUAACACCAUAUUGGCACAGAUUUGAAAAGAUAUAUAACAUCUUAUCUACAGUAUACAUACAUGUCUGCAACAGAUUAUGUUGUUUUCAUUUGAAAAAUCUGUAGGUGGAUUGCAGUGCUUAGCCAUUAUAUAUUUUUUUUUUUUUGACUGUCUUGUUUUUGAUGUAAAACGGUAACUUCAUACAUUUUUCUGUAGUGUUCCAAAUUCAGUAUUCAUUCGAACAUGAACUCUCUGCUAGUAACAAAGUGAAAGUGCUAAGCUUGAGAGUAAAAAAUAAAAUCUAUCUAUCUAUCUAUUAGCAAUAUUCAUCUAGAAAAUAUGUAACGGAGGAUCACCUUGGCACAAAACAUUGCUUAUAUAACAUAGCAGCACUGUGAAAAAGCAAAUUAUAUCAGAAAUAAAUUAACAAAAAAAAUGUGAAACAUUACAAACGACUUUGAUAGGCAUGUCUACAAUUAGUUAUUUAUUAUCAUCACCACAGUACAUCUCAGUAAUUUCAGAAUACAAAAGAAAAUGAAUCAAGUGCUCAUAAACAAUUUCUCUAAUCUAUAAUAAUUUGAGUUCAAUGGGGAAUCCCAUUUUUACAUUUAUGAAAACAUGAAACCUAUAAAAUAUUUUUAUUUAUAUAUUAGACAUUUGGCAUUUAUGAUGAUGCCCAAUUUACUGCAAAAUUAAUAAUCAAAAAAAUUAUAAGCAGUGGUAGUAGUUGAACAUUUUUUUUCUAAAUGUCAUAUUUAAGCAAAAAAAGUAAUACUUGAUGUAGGUGAUGCAUAAAAGUUACUUGUGAUUUACACAGGUUCAUUGGUAACUCUGAAACGCAUAUCGCAUACAAAUAUUGAAUUGGUUAAGACUACUUCUUUAUUGACAAUUUGGAUGUGCACAUAUUUUUAUUGUAAUCCAGAAAUGUACACAAUCAUCCAGUUUGCAUGAGUGAAGGUUAAAAUCAAGAAAAUAAGACCUCAAAUGAUUUUGUAUUUCCAGUAUCAUUAUAAAUGUGACUAAAAAUCCUAGGGUUAAAACAGUACAUAUUCAUUUUUUGCAAAUCUUAACUCCCUUAAUUUUUGGUUUAGAAAAAUCAUUAGAUAAACAGGUCAUAAUUGUUAUGCUAAUAGCUCAAACUACUAACCACUAAGCAAAAAACGAUACCUGCAUGAAGUAUAAGAGAAUCAAUAUCUGAGAUUGCAUUGAAUAAUUGUAACAAAUUAACUGCUGAGUUUGUAGAGUGUUGUUCACAAUGGCUGGAUGUAGACAAUGUACAUAUGGAAGAAAAGGAAAAUUAGUAAAAUGUCAUUCAAGCUUUAAUAAUAUGCGACAGAAGCAGACUCCACUGAAUAUCCACAUUUUAAAUGGACAUCUGAAUUUUUGUGUUUCAUGAAUAUUUAAGUGCCAGUAACUGUAACAAUCACUCUUACUGUGUACAUGUGCUUGUUUGAUUAUCUGCUUUAAGUAUUAGUGGCACGGGGGUUUGGGUUCAAGGCCAAAGAAGAUGAAAAGGACACUGGGCUGGGGAGAAUCGGUAAAAUAGGGAGUGAGUAAGACAUUUGACAGCUAAAGGCUACAUCACAUUACAUGUCUUUUCCAGCAAAUUUUUAGUCAUGACCUUCAUUUACAUUAUCUUAAAGAGUUGGAGGCAGUAUGCGGUGCACUCCUGUGAAUCCAGUCACAUAAUGUGACGUGACCAGUGACACGCUCCAAAUAGUCUGUGACUUGCCCUGAUUAAAUCAAAUAAGUUUGAUUUUGCCUAUAGUUGUAGGGGUGGGUUUUGUGUGCAAGAAGCUGACAACCAAUGAAUGCUCAUCUGAAAGUAAAAUUCAUAUAUUGCCCAGUGUAGUGCAAUGCAGUCAAUGAACAUUAGCACAGCUACAGUUUUUACUCCAAAAUAUUGAUAUAUUGGGUCAAAACUUAGGGACAUAGUCUAAUCAUAGUCUAAAUCUUCACUUUAAUGUUUCAUCCAGGGGCUAUGUGUUGAAAUUUAAUAAAACAUUGUUAUCUAGUUUGAUUUUUGCAUUUCAAAAUUAAAUAUAUUAUCUCUUAUUAACCUUUUGCUGCUUGGGGAACUGAAAUUUAAAUGUGCUUUAACUAUCCAAAGUAAAAUAACAUGUUAGAAAACAGGAUUGGAGUACUUAAACAUAUUUUGGCAUAAAACAAUUGUAUCUUAGAUAUGAAUAAUAAAGUUGUGUUUAUCUGUAAAAAUAUAUUUUAUAGCUGUUAAUCAUGAAACAUAACAUUCUUGAGAAAAUACUCUUGUUGUCCACAUCAAAGGAAAAGAGAAUACAACAGUGUAUAUAGCCCCACUUUAUCUAAAGUACCUGAAAAUAUUUUUUAAACUCAUAUUUUUAUUAUCCUGAUGCACAUUUUGUAUUUUUUUUAUUUCAAACUGUGCAAGUUAGAUUAUCUUGUUAGAUAAUGCAAUUUAAAUAUCCUUUCAUUAAAAAAAUUGUAUUAAGAACUGCAGGAGGCUUAAACAGGGCUGCAUUUUACAAGCUGUCUAUAACAAGAUUUACUGCUCCUUCUGGUAUUCAGUUGUUACUUUCUUCUGUUCACAGAGGGUGUCCAAGAUGUUCUCAUAUGAUGAAAAUAAAUCAGCAAACUUCAGUACGUAUACUGAGUAAUAACAGUGUUAAAGAUCACAAGGUAUUCAUUUUAAUGCUUAAAAUUAAAAUGAGCCUUAACGGUGGAUAAUGUUUCCUUUUAUUGUGUCUUCUCUGGCUACAGAUGUUUAAUGCCAUGAGGCCAAGUGUUGCUGCUGUUAGUUACAGGAAAGUUUCCAGCCAUAUAAAUGAGCCUAAUGCUGCCCUGCUUGAGCUCCGGCUACAUAGUUGUGAUGCGCUUACCAUGAGAAUUACAGAAGGGAAAAUACCUGCAACAGAUGCAGGAACGUGUUUAGCAAAACCUAACCAGUAGAGAUUUAAGAAAGAGUAUGUAUGUAUUAAAGUUUGUAUUACAGAUUUGCAGUUCCUAUCAAGUUACCAACAGUGUUGGAGAUAACACAUUAAAAGUAACUUGUUAUGCAGUCAGAUUACUGUUUAAUAACAACAACAACAUGUAUUUCUGUAGCACAUUUUCUUACAAUAAUGUGGCUGAAAGUGCUUUACAGGAUAGCAUAUAGUAAUAUAGUAUAUUACAAGAAAAGAAAAACAAUUAGGAUUAGGCAAUAAUAUAAAAAAAAAUAAGAACUAAAAAAAACCAAAAGGGUACAGUCAGAUGGCUGGGAGUUCAGAAAAAACAAGAAAGAUAAAAGAAAGAAAAACACCAUUUAGGCUGGACAAAAACCACAACAAAGCAAAACAAAAUCUGCAGGGGUUCCAAUGCCAAAAGAUCACACAGUCCCCACUGGUCGUUCUGCAUAACAUAAGUGUUCUAACUCAGUCCUCUCGGUUUUCAUGCUUCACAUGAUGAAGUUGGUCUCGUGGACAGCUGAGAUACCCGCCUUCAUUAUGUCAUCACAGGUGGCUGCACGGUGACAAAUUAAAAAUAACAUAACGCAGUACUUAUUUUAUCAAAGUAAAAAAACCUGUAUUACUUAAAAAAAAAAACAAAUACUACCGAAGCUUCUGUCCAAAACAAACAAACAAAAAAUGACUAUGUCAUUUAUUUCUUCAGUAGCAUGAUGUGUUACAUCAUGUGUGCUCCGGCUCUCUGGGAGAGGUAAAGCACAUGCGUAAUGUGCAAUCUAGUGAGAAGAACUGAACACAAGUUUCAAGUAUAUGUUGAAUUCGAUAUAUGCUGAGGGGUAAAUUUGUUUCAGCUGAGUUCAGGGUCACAGGGAAGCAGUGAUUAUCACAGCAGCACUGGGUGCAAGGCAAGAAGCAAAUGUGGUGGGUGACAUGCCAGUUCUUCGCAGGGCUCAGUCACGCAGCCAAGUACAAAAGAGUGUGCUGUGUACUGUCCAGUAACAGAAGCCUAAUAAUAAAGUGACUGUUUAAUUUUAAUGUAUCUGUUUGCUAUAGAUAUUCUGAAACAGUGUGAUCUGGUGACACACUGACCAGUGUUCAUACCUCGAAUCUUUGAAGAUGGCAAAAGUGGAUGGACGUUAUUUACGUUACAGCACAUGAAGGACUGACACAUAUUUAUAAAACACAAGAAAAUGACAGCUUUUCUCAUCAGUUUCCAUAUACAGGCUUAUGACUUAAUAACAAUGCUGGGCAGUGAAAUGGCAGUUUUUCAUACAAAAGAAUAAAAAGCAACACACUGUUUGCAACCCAUUAGUAAGUAACUGUAUAAUGUUUUAUUUAUUUGUUUGUAUGUAAUGAGUAAUGUAGCUAAAUUGCCCUGAAAAAUAGCAUUCCCCAACACUGGUUACUAAUAUAUAUUGUUUCACAGGUACCAUAGUACCAGAUGUGAGACAGAAAUCAACUUUGGAAGACCGCACUCACAGAAACGCCCCAUCAGCACAUAUCGAGCCAAUUUAGAACUGUCAGUAAAACCAACAUGUCCGUGUUUGGGAUGUAGGAGGAAAACAGAACAUCCACAAAAUACCCACACAGACACAAGGAGCUUAUUUAUGCAAACCCCAUGUUGAGACUCUGAAGCAGCCACCCGGUAGGGGUAUUGACUAAACUCAAUAUAUACGCUAAAGAUCUAAUAUUAAAUAAACAAACAAAUACAGGAAGUAACUGCAAACUUCACCUUCAACUCAGGCCCCUCAGGCCAGCGGUAAUAACCACUGUGACACCCCCUGUGCUAGAAUCAAGUUUGUUUGUUGUAAAAGGUGCUUUCGGGUCAGUAGUCAGUAGCACUGUGAUUAUUUUACUUGUGUCUCAAGUUGACUGUUCAAAACAAUUAAAGCUGUGGAACUGAGAACAGCGAAGCUGGCAAGUCUCAUUUUAUCUUUUAGAGAAACCUGGAAAGGAAAUGAGAGCAAACAAACAAUUGUUGGCAACUGUCACACACUGCACUUAAAAAGGAGACGAUUCUCUCUAUUUUUUCCCAGAAGCAUUAUGAAUAAUACAAAUGGAGCCAGCAUAGUCUGGCAAACUAAACUAAAAUUACUGUGUACUCCGCACACUAUAUUUUUCUGCAAAGAACCUUACAUUAAGAACAAAGAUUAUCUCAUUUUGGGAAUUUCUUUCACCUUCUUUCUCCCAUUCAAGAGUGUAAAACAAAAUGUAAGCACUGUAAUUCCUAAUUUCUGACACAUGAAAUAAAAAGGCACAUCUUUUGAGUACCAGUGGUUAAGGAAUCAGUUGAAGGUAUCCUUUUUCCAAAAUAUGCAUAAAAAUGUCUCUGUAUAUGCAAAAAGUUGAUAUUAUGCAUUUCUAUUUUCUAAAUUUCAUUCUUCUUUAAAAUGCUGAUUCUAAGUAGGACAAUGACAGGCCCAACACCGCUUUAUUUUCCAAAAUUUUGACAAGUCGAGAUGUGAAGUCAGUCAGUCAGACAGACAUUUUCUAGCCCGCAUAAUCCUGCUGGAGCCUAUCCCAGCUAGCACAGGGCAUAAGGCAGGAACAAAUCCUGGACAGGGUGCCAGUCCAUCGCAGGGCAAACACACAAACACCCACCAACCACACAGUAGGGCCAGUUUAGCAUUGCCAGUUCACUUAACCUGCAUGUCUUUGGAUUGUAGGAGUAAACACCAGGCACCUUGAGGAAGCCCACGCAGACACGUGGAGAACAUGCAAACCCUGGCCUCUUUACUGCAAGGCAGCAGCGUUACCACUGCGCCACCCCGGUCUGCAAAGUGCUGUUUUCAAUGACAUUACCCAGCAACUUGUUCCAUGCAUCCCAUGGGUCUCUGUGAAGAACAGGGUCCUUCAAAAUGUGUUCAAAAAUAGAAUUGGUAGUUGUACAGCAUUUAGAGACUUUCCCUUUGGAAUCAUUUAUGCAGGUCUGAUUAAGACUCAAGGUAUUCUUCUUUUUAGUGUAUUUUCAUAUUCAUUACACUGUGGUAAAAAAAACUAUACUUAAAUCUGCUUGCGCAGUAAUUUAGAUGGAAAUAUCUGAUUUCCACAGCUUUUUUCAAAAGAAAGUGAGCAUUCGCUAGAAGAGUCAUCCUAAGCACGGCUUCCAGAUGAAUGUAACAAAAGCAAUGAGCAAAGAACUGACCCUUGAAUGAGGAGGAUACUUUAAAAUGAAGGAAGCCUGGCUCAGCGUAGAACUGGGGGGAAGGAAAACAAUGAAAGUGAAGCUGUGCUCGUGAAUCAUUUGUUCUUAUUAUGCAAUUUCUUGUUAAGAUUUUACAUGUCUGCGGUGGGCUGGCGCCCUGCCCGGGGUUUGUUUCCUGCCUUGCUCCCUGUGUUGGCUGGGAUUGGCUCCAGCAGACCCCCGUUACCCUGUAGUUAGGAUAUAGCAGGUUGGAUAAUGGAUGGAAGGAUGGAUUUUACAUGUCAUCCUCAUGUACCUGUGGGUUUUCUGUAGGGUGUCCACAUCUCUACCUAGAGACACUUCAGAGCCCAAACUAAAGUGUGUCCCUGUAUCCUGCAACUGGCAAACUUACAAUCCAGCAGCCCCUUCUUGCAUGCAGCCCAGCAUAUUCAUCAAGACAAAUCAGGAAAAACAAUCAAUGAACAGAAAGUAUUCCUUUUAAUCUUGCCUUUGAUUGGAUGCUUUACUCAAACCGAAAAGCCGACAGCCUUGUUCAUUUCCAGAAUGCCCCAGAAAUCAAGUGAUUAAACCAUAUGGGUUUUAUCUGCCUUAAUGGGCCCUUUGUCUCAUCAUUAGGCAUUGUCUGUCUCUAGACAGGUACAUUACAAGUAGAUUGGUGCCUUUUGAAGUUCAUCUGUUACCCAUUUGUUUGUUUUCCUUUUUUAAUAUAAAAGUGUUCCAUUAAAAAUUAGCUCUAAUUUAAUGUUCCCUGCUGGAAACAUUCUAUUAGCUCUGCAAAUUAAAUGUCACAAAUAGCAUUUAAUUAACAUAUAACAACAUACAGUGUUGGUCAAUUAAAGGUCUAAUAAUUCAGCGCUAAUCAAUGCUUAAUAAGAAACUUGACAGUUUACAGCCUCAUAUCCAUUUAAUAUUAAUGGCCGUUUAUUGACAAUGGAUCUUAAAAAUAUAUAUAUAUAUAUUGCAGUAGUCUUUUAUUAAAGGUUAAUGAAAUAUAGAAUGUUCAGUUAGUUAAUUAAAAUCCAGUGUUGGAAAAUCAUUCAACAUUAUGGUCCUGAAAUGCAGUAGCAAUUAAACUGUCUUACACUUUUAUGAAGUGAUUCCCUGGGUAUUUAUUUGUGUGUUUUGCACAUAGAUGGCUUUUAUUUACCCAUUUUCUGCCUUUAGAUAAAUAUGAAGGAAUCAUGAAGGAAACAGACAUUUUAAAACUUGCGCAAAGUACUCGAGCAUUAUUAAAGCCCCAAGUGUGACAGACACUUCAUUGUCAAUGAUGUGCUUAUUUCAGUAAAGAAUGCUUAGCCUUUUUUAGCCAUUCACUGCUGUUAUAGCAAUGAGAAGUGAGUGCCGUGUGUGAAUGAGUGAGUGUGCGUGUGUGUGUGUGUGUGUGUUAUGUAUGUUUAAUGGUUGAUGCAACCAUUUGUGUGUGUUGACUUUCCGCCUUUGUAAUUUCCUUUUUUUUUACACCUGCACUUACAUUGCAGUGCUGCUGCUUCGCCACAAGGUGUCUCUUCUUUUCUGGUCCGAUUUCUACAUAACAUGUAUACUAAAUAAAAGUGGUGGGAGACGUAUUACAAAUCAAUGGUUUGGCCAUUCAAAGCUAAGCCAUUGUGUUUUCUUUUACUUUGUGUGUGUCCAUUAAGUCAGUGCUAGUGCUCAGAACUGAUGAAUGUAAAAUCAACGGAGUGUUUCAGUAUUAAAAUGCACUUAUGUUUGGCCCCAAAAGUAUUCAAUGAAAUGCACCCUAUAAAGAUGGGAAAGAUUUCUGUUGUUUGCCAAAGGUGAGGUCCCGUUUUCUCUUUCAGUCUUUUUUUUUUUUUUUUGCACACCUCACUCUAAUUCAACCAGCAUAAAAUGCAAUAAUUAUUUAAAAAAAAAGUAUUCUGACAUGUCUUUUAUUGUUGUGCAGUGAAUUCUGUGCAUUUAGAUUAAGCAGGGCAGGCAAAGCUUGCCCCGUUCAAAAAUAACACGACACCAUGUCCUCAGUUGAAGAAGGUUCCCUUCAUUCCAGCUCCUUUGACUGUGGUGUAAUUGCCAAUUUUGAAAAAGGUUGUAAAAAUGUAAUGCAACGACACGAGAUGUCUUUGUUCAGGCAUGCUAUCCUUGUAAAGUUUUUAGCUAGUCUGUUUUUGUACAGAGCGGGAUAACUGUUGACCUGUUGAUUAAUAUUGUAAAGUUGUAAGGGUUGAUUUUUAUCGCUUUAUGUAUAAAUAAAAGUAUCUGGCUUGUUUUGCUUUGUACUUCAAAAAGUGUUGCACAAGUUUUGCUUUUUAUUUUUUUCUUUUUGUAUGUUUUUUAUUUUUUUAAUUCUGCAUAUUGUAUGUUUAUUUUAUAUUAAAACAGUAAUAUGUAAUGUACAAAAAUUUAAACAGUAGUUAUGUUGUUUUUAAAUGUUUCAUGUCUGUAAAAAAAUAAUAAUAUUGUAAGAGCUAGUAUGGCUAUGUCUCUGAAAGAGAACUGUGUUAUACUAGUGGUACAUUGGAUUACAAAGAAAUGCAAUUUAAAAAAGGGGUUUUUAUUAAAAAUGUCUGCAAAUUCA